GUCAUAGACACUAACAAUACGUCAGAGGUUUUGGCAGUCCGUGGGUGAACUAUUUUCUUCAUUGUUGACCUUUCCUAAAUCUUAGGUGUAAUUAUUUCAUCAUAAGAAUUAUUGUGGCAGUACCAUCAUUAAAUAGCAAACAAUAAAUUUAUCUCGACAAUGGACUCGGAAGAUGACACAAAGGAUGAUGUGGAUUCUGGUAACGAAUCCAGCGGAGACGAUGUAGACUUUGUCAUGGAUGAGACUCACAGUACAAGGGAAAGACAAACGGAACUUGAAGAAUAUCCAUACGAAGUGUUAUCGACUGAGGAAAUCGUCCAACACAUGGUUGACUGCAUCAAAGAUGUGAACACAGUAGUUGAGAUUCCAGCGACGACAACUCGCAUACUUCUUAAUCAUUUCAAAUGGGACAAAGAAAAGCUUAUGGAAAGAUUAUAUGACGGUGAUCAGGACCAGUUAUUUGCUGAAGCUAGAGUUAUAAAUCCAUUUAGGAAACCUGUUAUACAAAGGCCAAAGUUACCUAGAAGGAUAUCAACAUCAGGAACAGAAGAAUGCGAAAUAUGUUUUUCAAUUCUCCCUUCUUCUAUGAUGACAGGCUUAGAGUGUGGUCACAGAUUCUGUACACAGUGUUGGUGUGAAUACUUAACUACUAAAAUUAUGGAAGAAGGAUUAGGACAAACAAUAGCAUGUGCGGCGCACGCGUGCGACAUCCUCGUAGACGACGCGACAGUCAUGCGACUGGUGCGCGACCCGCGCGUCAAACUUAAGUAUCAGCACAUCAUCACUAAUAGUUUCGUGGAGUGCAACAGGCUGCUGCGCUGGUGCCCGUCGCCGGACUGCAGCAACGCGAUCAAGGUGGAGGCGUACGUGGAGGCCGCGCCCGUCACGUGCCGCUGCGCGCACACCUUCUGCUUCGCGUGCGGCGAGAACUGGCACGACCCCGUGCGCUGCUGCCUGCUGCGCAAGUGGAUUAAGAAAUGCGACGACGACUCUGAAACGUCUAACUGGAUAGCAGCUAACACGAAGGAGUGUCCGAAGUGCAAUGUUACGAUAGAAAAGGAUGGUGGCUGUAACCAUAUGGUCUGUAAGAAUCAGAACUGCAAGGCGGACUUUUGCUGGGUGUGUCUCGGCCCCUGGGAGCCUCACGGCAGUAGCUGGUACAAUUGUAACAGGUACGACGAAGACGAGGCGAAAGCGGCGCGCGAUGCGCAAGAGCGCUCGCGUGCAGCUCUUCAACGCUAUCUGUUCUACUGCAACCGCUACAUGAACCAUAUGCAGUCGCUGCGCUUCGAGUCGAAGCUCUACGCCUCCGUCAAGGAGAAGAUGGAAGAGAUGCAGCAGCACAACAUGAGCUGGAUCGAGGUACAAUUUUUAAAGAAGGCUGUGGAUAUACUCUGUCAGUGUCGACAGACCUUGAUGUACACCUAUGUGUUCGCGUACUACCUGCGCAAGAACAACCAGUCCGUGAUCUUCGAAGACAACCAGCGGGACCUGGAGUCAGCCACUGAGACAUUGUCGGAGUAUCUCGAGAGGGACAUCACUAGUGAGAACCUGGCUGAUAUUAAACAGAAGGUCCAGGACAAAUAUAGAUAUUGCGACAGUCGGCGUAAGGUUCUACUCGAACACGUGCACGAAGGAUAUGAAAAGGACUGCUGGGACUACACAGAGGACGCGUUGGCGCCUUCUCCUACAAGGUCCUGGUAAUCGCAGACAUUAGUUGAUAGCAAUAAAAUUAAUCAAAAAAAUAAAUACUAUAUAUUUUUUGUAAUUUACAUUUCAUUUUAGUUAGUGAAACGAUAGAUUUGUCUAUAGACAUGUAAAAAAAAGUCUUUUAUAUUAUAAAUAAAAACAAAAUAAAAAUAGA